CUUUUUUCCCCUGGUGGGUGGGGCUUUUUGAGAGGCGUUGCCGCACAGCAAGGACUCAGGGAUUAUAUACCCUGUGCUGGUCUUCGAGCAGUUUCAUACAUUGCGCAUUUGGAAGCAGAUAGGUGUACCGCAGUUUAAGAACAACAGCAACAAAAUAAUAAUAAUAAUAUUUCAAGUAUUUCAACAAAUAUCGACUCCGCUAUGGCUAGCUACAUCCAUGUUCCCGACGAGGCUCCCGCUGUGCCCAAAAUAGAUGUGACAGUUGACGAGAACGACUACAGACCUGGUGCACUGAAACUGAUGAAGGAGCUGAGACCAAGCUGGAGGCCGUUCGAGAUCAAAAUGAAGUUUUUCACAGAUGGAAUAACCAAUAAACUGCUUGGCUGCUACGUGGGUGCAACCAUGCAGGAUGUGGUUCUGGUCCGUAUUUAUGGCAACAAAACAGAACUGCUGAUCGAUAGGGAAAAUGAGGUGAAGGGUUUCAGAGUACUGCAUGCACACUGCUGUGCCCCACGCCUUUACUGUACCUUCAACAAUGGUCUGUGCUAUGAAUUUCUGCAAGGAACUGCACUGGAGCCUGAGCACAUUCGCAGCCAGCCUGUUUUUAGGCUCAUUGCUAGGCAGCUGGCCAGGUACCACGCCAUACACGCCCAUAAUGGCUGGUUACCCCAGUCUGACCUGUGGCUGAAGAUGGGCAAGUACUUUACUCUCAUCCCCAAAUCCUUCAAGGACCCUGAGCAGAAUGCCAGGUUGAGCAGGGAGGUUCCCAGCGCACGGAGCCUCAGAGAAGAGCUGUUGUGGCUCCAGCAGAGCUUGUCUGUGCUCGGCUCCCCCGUCGUUCUCUGCCACAACGACCUUCUCUGCAAAAACAUCAUCUAUAACCAGAAGGAAGGGAAUGUAAAGUUCAUUGACUACGAGUACACUGGGUACAAUUACCAAGCCUAUGACAUUGGGAACCAUUUCAAUGAGUUUGCUGGCCUGAAUGAAGUGGACUAUAGUCACUACCCUGGGCGGGACUUUCAGCUUCAGUGGCUGCAUUCUUAUCUCGAAGCCUAUAAGGAACACAAAGGCCAAGGUAGUGCAGUCACUGACAGAGAAGUGGAGAGCCUCUAUGUCCAAGUCAACCAGUUUGCCCUGGCUUCUCAUUUUUUCUGGGGUCUCUGGGCUCUGAUUCAGGCCAGAUUCUCCACCAUCGACUUUGACUUCUUGGGAUAUGCAGUCCUGCGGUUUAACCAGUAUUUCAAGAUGAAACCAGAAGCGGCUGCACUAAAAUUACCAGAAUAAAAGCCCGCACCUCCCUCAUCAUCAUCUCCUCUUCGUCCUCAAACCUGCUCUGCACCUCACACGAUGACCUCAGAGUGCCCUCUAGAGGUCCCUGUUGAGAAGAAGCCAGACUCUGAGUCCAGUUUAGUUUCUGAAGAUCCCCUCUAAAGUCCACAUCCAUAAAGACUGAACGGGCAAUGAUAAACACUGUUAAUCAGGAUAAAGCCCAUACUGUCAACAUGGGUGUGUGAAGGACCAAUUUUAAGAUCCGCUAUAAUGUGAAGUCCACUUGGUUAAAUUUAUUUUCAUUAUCAAUUCAGUUGAUAUUUGCAUAUCAGCUUAUUGUAUUUAUAAGCAGCUCUUCAGAUGGCUCAGCUCUGUCUAAGGCAGAGAAGAAGCAUCAUGUGAGCAAAUACAUGGCAACUACAGCA